CAGUAUAUGACGUACAAAUUUCAGAGUCUCAAAUUUUAGACGUCAUGUCAGAACUAGAGAAAAAUGGAUAUGAUAUGGAUUAUUUGACGAUUAUGAAUGCAUUAAAAGGAAGCUAUGCACGAGGAAAUGUAAAAUUAGCAGUUGAAUUUUUGAUGUAUUUGAGUGAAGCGAAUGAAUUGAUUGUGCAUGAGAUUGAACCUGGUAUUGAACUUCUUGGGUCGGAAAAUUUAAAUGGUGUUACAUGUUAUUUAGAUGCGCUUUUGUUUGCUAUGUUUGCAAAAACCAAUUGUUUUGAGGCAAUGCUUUUUCAGGAAGGAAAGGAUCCUAUUUCUACAAAACUUUGUACAUUUAUUAGAUUAUGGGUUAAUAUGUUACGUGAUGGAAGAUUAAUUACAAAGGAUAUUGUAUCGCAAUUAUGUGACGUUUUGAUUGAAUGUGGUUGGAAAAGUGCAUGUAAAACGCAACAAGAUGCCUCUGAAGUAUAUGUUUUUAUUACAGAGCGAUUGAAUUUUCCUUUAUUAACGUUUAAAGUUGUCAUAGCACAUGGAGGGAAAUUUAAUAGUGAGGAAGAUCAUAAGUAUAUUCAUGAAAGGUUACUCUGUGUUCCAAUUCCUGGCGACUUUUUAUCAUAUGAGACCCCGAUAUCAUUAGAAGAAUGUCUUUCAGAGUACUUUAACAAUAGAAUAAAAGUCAAAAGAUGUGUCGAACAAUCGUUUUCUGCAGAUAGUUCUAAAAAAGGCUCUCAGAAAUACAUUUAUAAUUGUAAUAUAGUAGAUAACGAUAGAAAUUAUUAUGAUCAAUUGGAUGAUUUUUAUGAUAAUGAUAUAGCAGCAUUAUAUUCUCAAAGAGAUCCUCCUUUGGUUUCAGCAUGGCAGUUUUUUCAGCUUCUUCCAUUUUAUGUAUACAAACAACCUGAUAAUUUAAAUCAACAUUUUCUAGAAAAGCUUCCUGUAGUAACUAUUUGUCUCAAAAGAUAUACUUGGACAGUAACGGGAGAAGCAUACUGUAACAAUAGAAGGGUUUCAAUUCCCCUUGUUCUUGAUUUGCCUUAUUUUAUAUCACAUGAGGAAGUUUCUACAAAUAAUUCAGUAGAAAUUAAAAAAUAUAGACUUGUUUUGCAAUCGGUAGUUUGUCACAGGAAUCCAGGAUUUACUAUUGAUUCUGGCCAUUAUAUAGCUUUUUGUAAAGAUUCGUUUUCAAAAAAAUGGUUUCUUUUUGAUGACUUAGCCUACCGAAGAGUUUCUGUUUUUUGUGAUCCUGAUGAAGUUCUUAACUCAGAAAUGCCGUAUAUAUUAUUUUAUCAACUAGAAAGCUAUGUACCAGAUUUAUCACAAGAGAUGCCUAAAAUUGAUACAUUUAAAUCGCCAGAUAUCCAAGAUUUUUCUACAUUUUCUAAACCUUCAAAGCAAUUUAAUAAAACAAAAUAUUCAGAAAAGAACUGUUUAAUACAAUAAAGUAUUUUAACAUUUUAUUCAAUAUAUAAGCGAAAGAUUAACAU